UAGUAACUCUAAAUUCUUAGGUCACGGCUAUUUUUUCUGAACAUUGAAAUUCGGUCUAAUUUUUACGCCGCGUUAAUUAUUCGAAUAUUUUUUCAGGUUGUUUUAGUCGUUGUUUUAUUUAUUUUCUUGUCGAAUCGUCGAUAUUUUACAGCCACCUAUGUCGUCAAACAUCGUUUACCAACAGCACCAUGUGUCUCGGGAUGAGAGGGGUCAGGUCAUGGGAAAAGGUGCCUUCCGUGGCUGCACCGUUUGGUUUACUGGGUUGUCGGGCGCUGGUAAAAGUACAUUGUCCAUGAAAUUGGAAGAGUAUCUUUGCUCCAAGGGUAUCCCAGCUUACAGUUUGGAUGGUGACAACAUAAGACAUGGCUUGAACAAGGACUUGGGUUUCGCACCAGCAGACCGUGAAGAGAAUAUCCGAAGAAUUGGAGAAGUUGCAAAGCUAUUUGCCGAUGCUGGUGUAGUGUGUCUUGUCUCAUUUAUCUCUCCUUACAGGAAGGACCGGGACGGGGCACGGAUUUCACACAACCAAAAUAACUUGCCAUUUAUCGAGGUCUAUGUUGACACUCCAAUUAUGGAGUGUGAGCGCAGAGAUGUUAAGGGCCUGUACAAAAAAGCUAGGCAGGGAAUAAUCAAAGGGUUCACUGGUAUCGAUUCUCCUUACGAACCACCAGAAAAUGCCGAGGUUGUCACAAAAACGGCCGACAUGCCAGUUGAAGAUUGUAUGAUGCUUGUUGUGAAAGAACUCAUGGAGAGGAACAUCAUCCCAUGCGAAACCACACUCCCAGUAAUGGAACUCUUUACCUCACAUAGUCAGGUUGGGAAGAAGAGAGCAGAAGCAGAAGCUCUUCCUUCAAUUGACAUUACUAAGCUGGAUAUGCAGUGGCUUCAAGUUUUAUCCGAGGGUUGGGCGACUCCGCUCACAGGUUUUAUGCGCGAACGUGAAUUCUUACAGUGCCAACACUUCGGCUGCUUGCUUAAGAAUGAACCGAUUAACCAGUCUGUCCCAAUCGUGCUACCUGUGCACAGCGCUGACAAAGAAAGAGUUGAGAAUGCCGAAGCAAUCGCACUCAAGUAUGAUGGUCAAGUGAAAGCUAUUCUUCAUAAACCAGAAUUUUAUCCUCACCUGAAAGAAGAAAGAUGCUCCAGACAGUGGGGAACAUCUAAUAAGGGACAUCCUCAUAUUAAGAUGAUCAUGGAAAGUGGUGAUUGGUUGUGUGGAGGUGACAUCGAAGUCUUGGAAAGAAUCACGUGGGGCGAUGGUUUAGAUAAAUACAGGAUGACACCUCUUGAGCUGCGCGCAAAGUUUAAAUCGAUGAACGCAGAUGCGGUGUUUGCUUUCCAACUUCGUAACCCGGUCCACAACGGACAUGCACUGCUUAUGCAGGACACCAAGCGCAAAUUGGUGGAACGUGGAUUCAAAAACCCAGUUCUGUUGUUGCACCCACUUGGUGGUUGGACAAAGUCCGAUGACGUGCCACUCGACGUGCGCAUGAAGCAACAUUCUGCUGUGUUGGAAGAAGGUGUUCUUGACCCACAGUCAACAGUGGUUGCCAUCUUCCCUGCUCCAAUGAUGUAUGCCGGCCCUACUGAGGUACAAUGGCACGCAAAAGCUCGUCUAGCUACUGGUGCAAACUUUUACAUUGUUGGUCGCGAUCCAGCUGGUAUGCCUCAUCCCGACGAAAAGCGUGAUCUGUACGACCACAGCCAUGGGCGCAAGGUACUUACAAUGGCACCUGGACUCGGCCGAUUUGAAAUUGUCCCGUUCCGAGUUGCUGCUUACAACAAGACGACCAAGAAAAUGGAUUUCUACGACCCAGAAAACCAUGAUAAUUUCGAAUUCAUCUCCGGAACCAGGAUGAGAAGAACUGCAAGAGAAGGUGAAAGCCUUCCAGAAGGAUUCAUGGCACCCAAGGCAUGGGACGUGCUUGUUCAGUAUUACCAAUCCCUUCCAAAAGCUACAUAAGUUUCACCGACCUGUUUUCUGCUGAACAUUUAAUGGUGUUUGCAAUUUCCAUAGAAAAUUAAUCAGAAAUUGUAAAUCGCUUUUUCGCCAACUCCUCGCUUAGAUUUAAACGGUUUUGAUACAUUUUGUUAAUUUUAAUAUACAUCUAUACCCUGUUGUGGAAUUGCCAAGGUUAGACUUGGACGUUAAUUUAUUGGCUGUAGAUGUUACUGCACUAUCAUUGCUCUUAAGUAGAAACACAGAAUGUAGAUUUUAAUGCACUAUAUGCAGAACUUCUUAAGAUAAAACCCGGAGAUAUAAUAAGACCGCUAUUUUUGUGCAGUAAAAUUAUAUCUUUUUUUAAUGUAUGGACAAGUGAGUUCACUGCAGUUAUUGUUGCUUAAAAAUACGAUAUUGUAAUGUGCGAACCGUAGUACAAAAAAAUUGCUAGGCGCAAAAUUAUUCCUCCGCGUAAUAAAUUCAUAACAGGUUGUGUAUACAAUCAACAUACGUA